GCGGAGUGCGGGCAGGGGUGGGACAUUCCGGGAAACGGCAGGGCAGCGAGGAGCGGCGAUGGCGCGGAGGGCCCUGGCGCUCGGGGUGCUCGCUCUGCUGGCGCUGCUCGGCCUGGGGGCGGCCACUGAGGCGCCGAAGGUGGAAGUGUACGCCCGUUCCCGCGCCGAGGAGGGGAAGGAGAACACUCUCCACUGCUUUGUCACUGGCUUUCACCCACCCAAGAUUGACAUCGAACUCCUGAAGAACGGCGUGCCCAUUCCCGGCGCCACGUACGGGGACUUGUCCUUCAACGACAAGUGGCAGUUCCAGCGCCUGGUCUAUGCGCGCUUCACCCCCACAAAGGGUGACACCUUCUCUUGUAGGGUGGCGCAUUCCACCAUGCGGGAGCCAGGCAAUUACAUCUGGGAGCCAGACUUCUGAGCUGCGUCUGGAAUAAUCCAUGAUUUGAGACAUUCUUCUUGCAAGUCAGAAUCUUCUCGAGCUUCUGUCCAUUCUUCAAAAACAACUUGCAUUGUAAUCUUCGGCAUUAUCACUUAUCCACGGCGUUAAGGGAGCUCUGCAGGCUUUUUGAGCUAAAAAAUUUACUGCUUAAGAAAUAAUAGUAACUUUUCACUGCUCAAAAUUUUGGAGGAUUUUUAUCCUUUAAUAAACUGCUAGUCCAUAAAAUGUUUCUUCAGAGUCAUUUGACAAGCUGAUAUCACAGGCUCUGAUGGCCUCUGGGUUGUGGGUGGAUAUGUAGCCUUGGUGGCAUGAUGGGCAGUUGUGCUUUUUUUUAUCCCAGUGAGAAGAUGCAAGAUCACUUUUCCAUCAAUAAAAGAGAGUUAAAUUUUUUAA